GAGAUAUUUUAAUUAGUAAAAUAAAAUCAUAGUUUUACACAUUUACAACCAUUACUAAAUCUUCUCGCAUUUUUAUUUCUAACAAAAAAAUUCUUCUCGCAUUUAUCUCCAAUCCUUUUAGUUUCUUGUCAACUACCCAACACUCGACAGUCAUCCGUCGUCAAAAUAUUCGCAGCUCCUUGUAUCUUCAUCAAUCGUCAAUGGCGGCUUCUUUCGUAACCCAAGCAAAAUUUAAUUCAAUUUCCGGCAAAGGUUGUUAUAUUCCGAUGAAUGUCGCAGUGAAUUCUGCCGUUUCGUGCUCGCUUAAACUUCCAAGGAAUCUAUUCUCGUUUUCAAACUCCUUAUGUCACGUGUCUCUCACGUGCACCUCUCCCGCUUCAGCAUCUUUUCGUCUGAAACCUAAUUUUGUUCCGUCUGUUCGUGCUUCUGCUGAGUCUGAUCUGCAAGAGACUUUAUUGCAAGCAAAAGUGACGAAUAAAGUAUAUUUUGAUAUAAGCAUCGGCAAUCCAGUUGGGAAGUUAGCUGGUAGGAUUGUGAUUGGUCUCUUUGGUGAUGAUGUGCCUCAAACUGCUGAGAACUUCAGAGCUCUUUGCACAGGGGAAAAGGGAUUUGGUUAUAAAGGUUCUUCGUUCCACCGUGUUAUCAAGGAUUUCAUGAUACAAGGUGGAGAUUUUGAUAAGGGAAAUGGAACCGGAGGCAAAAGCAUUUAUGGCCGAAACUUUAAGGACGAGAAUUUUAAAUUGGCUCAUAUUGGACCUGGCGUUGUUAGCAUGGCAAAUGCUGGCCCCAAUACCAAUGGCAGUCAAUUUUUUAUUUGCACCGUCAAGACACCUUGGCUGGACAAGAGGCAUGUAGUCUUUGGGCAGGUUCUAGAAGGCAUGGAUGUUGUUCGACUCAUUGAAUCACAGGAGACCGACAGAGGUGACCGUCCAAGGAAAAGGGUUGUCAUCAGUGAUUGUGGCGAGCUUCCAUCAGUAUAAUGCAUGAUGUGGUAGUAUCUGGAUGGGUUAAACCAUAUUGCAGGCUUCGAGUUUUACCCUCUUCAUCUUGAUUUGAUUAUCAGAACGAGGUUCAUUUUCUACACAUGUUAUUCUCUUUGUCAUCCCUCUCUUCCUCCUAAGUUUUGCCCAUCUAGAGAAGUACAGUAGUGUGCACUGUGGAGUAUUCAUAGUGCUUUUUGACCAUAUUUCUUAAAUUUUAGAAAUCCUUUGGUGGAUAAUGAAAUACUUCUAUGUAAUGACUAAUGAUGCCAAUAUUUCCAGUUGCAAACAUAAGAUGAUAUAUGAUUCAGAAUCUUGUUCUCUUGGAA